UUCGAUUUCAAGGUCACCUAUUCCAAAACCAUACAAUCCAAAUUUCCGUGCAACAUUUUGUUCAAGUGGUUUAUUAUUCAAUAUAUUAUUUAGUUACCUAAAAACCCAUUCCAUUUUAAGAUAACGUUUUUUGAAAUUGAUACAUAUAAGAACCUUUUAAAAAACAAAAAAACUAUCAUUCCAUCAUCUGUUUUCUCCACUGAACACUGAGUCAGGUAUUGUGCAAUGAAAGUUUUCGCUAUCGUAGCGAUAGCGCUGGUGGCGGGCAUUAAUGCCGGCACCUACACGCAACGUUUCUUGGAACAGUACCAGAAAAUCAAGAACCCGAGCCAUGGAUACUUUUCCAAAGGCCAGGUACCUUACCAUAAUGUGGAAACAUUGAUUGUAGAAGGCCCUGAUCAUGGACACGAAACCACUUCGGAAACAUACAGUUACUGGAUCUGGCUGGAAGCAAUGUACGGCGCCGUUGAAGGCGAUUUCAGCAACUUUAACGCUGCUUGGAACAACCUGGAAGCCAACAUUAUUCCAACUUUGCAAAGCUCCAACGGACAGUACAAUACUAACAAACCAGCUACUUAUGCUCCAGAAUGGGACUCGCCUAGCCAAUACCCAUCUACCAUCGACAGCAGUGUUCCUGUUGGUAGAGAUCCAAUUGCUGAUGAACUGAAGUCGGCUUAUGGAAGCGACAACAUUUAUUCCAUGCAUUGGUUGCUCGAUGUUGACAAUGUUUACGGUUUUGGUAACAUUCAAGGAGGAUGCUCAUACGGUCCUUCUGCCUCUGGACCAUCUUUGUACAAUAACUACCAAAGAGGAGCUGAAGAAUCUGUUUGGAGAACUAUUCCUCAGCCAAGUUGUGACAGAUUUGCUUAUGGAGGUCGUAAUGGUUUCUUGGACCUAUUCACCAAAGACAAUUCCUACGCCACCCAAUACAAAUACACCUCCGCCCCUGAUGCUGAUGCUAGGGCCGUUCAAGCCGCCUACUGGGCUAAUGUCUGGGCCACCGAAAAAGGUAUCCAAAGCUCAAUCACCGGUACCUUAAGCAAAGCCUCCAAAAUGGGCGACUACCUCAGAUAUUCACUAUUCGACAAGUACUUCAAGAGAAUCGGAAACUGCGUCGACCCGUGGGGCUGCCCAGGUGGUACUUGGAAAGACAGUGCUCACUACCUAAUCAACUGGUACGUGUCCUGGGGAGGUUCUUACAACGCACAAUACGGCUGGUCUUGGCGUAUUGGAGAUGGUGCCUCUCACUUCGGUUACCAAAACCCUCUUGCUGCUUACGCUUUGUCGCAAGAUUCUAGCCUCAAGCCCAGAGGUUAUACCGCCGUAGAAGACUGGACCACUUCUCUCCAAAGACAACUCGAAUUGUACGAAUACUUGCAAACUAGUGAAGGUGCUUUCGCUGGCGGUGUAACUAACUCCUGGAAAGGACGAUAUGCUCAACCAGAAUCUGAAUUGCGUAAUGACACUUUCCAUGGAAUGUUUUACGAUUGGGAACCAGUAUACCAUGACCCACCAUCUAACCAAUGGUUUGGUAUGCAAUCCUGGUCCGUCGACCGUCUGGCCCAAUACUACUACGUGUCUGGAGACAGCAAAGCCAAAUCCAUCCUGGACAAAUGGGUAUCUUGGGCUAUCAGUGUAAUUAAAUUCAACGGCGAUGACUUCAAAAUGCCAUCUAGCUUGGCCUGGUCUGGAAACCCACCAAACGUACAUGUAGCUGUUACGACGUGGGGCAAAGACUUGGGUACUGCCUCUUCCACUGCUCGUGCUCUAACUUACUACGCAGCCAAAUCCGGUGACUCAAAUGCCAAGGCUGUAGCCAAGAAACUUUUGGAUGGACUCUACAACCUUUACCAAACCGACAUUGGUAUUGCUACAGAAGAACCACGUCCGGACUACUCCCGUUUCAACGAACCCGUGUAUGUACCUUCCGGAUGGACUGGUACCUACCCCAACGGUGAUGUUAUUGACUCUUCUGCUACUUUCAUUAAACUCCGUUCUUGGUACAAGAAUGAUCCUCAAUGGCAUAAAGUAGAGGCGUACCUUCAGGGCGGUCCAGUACCAAGUUUCACUUACCACAGAUUCUGGGCUCAAGCUGAUAUUGCGUUAGCUUUCGGAGCCUAUGGAAUUCUGUUCAACGAAUAAUUUAAGUUUUUUGUAUGCAAAUCGCGUAAACUCAUAAAAUAAAUAAUUACAUAAACAA